AUGGGCCAGACAAAGCUGUGGUUCCUCGCUGUGCUGCUGGGUCUCUGCACGUGGCUGGAGCCUGGCAAAGGCUCCCUCCCGUUUCACAUGAACUCCGUGAUCCAAGUCGUAGAAGUGCUGGAAUCUCACCACCUGGACGGACACCUCAACCUGACCGUGACGGAGCUCGCCCGGGGCCUGGGCUGCUGUGACAGCGAGUUCUACCAGCUCCUGCUGGGGGAGGCACCUGCCGUGCCCCCGGAUCUGCCCUUCCUGAGCCAGGAGCAGAGAUCCUUCCUCAUGCGCCUCCUGAAGCACAAAGUCCAGGCGUCCUCGACUGAGCAGGGGGUGGUGUUGCUCCCUGAUGGCACCACAGUGGCUGUAAGCCCCUUGGUGGCUGGGAUUGAAGCAGGGCUGAAGGGGAGGCGGGAGAUGCCGCUGCCCCCCGAGGCUUUGGAGCCUUUGCUAGUUACGACUGAGCCCUUGAACCAGACACAUCCGGGGCUGCCCCUGACUAUAGACGCCCUCUACGCAGUGACCAUUGCCAAGGCCUUGGGCGUGGCCUUUCUCCUGGCCCAGGCCAACGAGAGCCAGGUGCCCUUGGGGCCGAAUGGCUGCUGGGACAGCGUGUCCGAGCCCCAAAACUUCACCCUCCUGGGCCGCCCCUCAAACCUCACUGAUGCCUUCGUCAAUGGGGCGCUGGACGGGGUGAUCCUGGGGGCACACCUGGCAGAGCAAGGCAUGCCCGUGGCCCCGCUGAGCACCCUGCUGAGAGAGUACUACGCUGGGGACGGCCUGGCCGGGGAUGGCCAGGCCAGAAGCAACUUCAGGCGCCAGAACUUUGUGCAGCUCACCGAGGCCGGGCAGCUGGAGGAGCAGGUGGUGCGCUCCCUCCAGCUGCUCCGGGCGCUGCCUCGGAUGGCGCCCCUGCUUAGCGGGGUUGGGGACGAGGACCUGCUGGCCGCUGCGAGCCGGGCAGUGCAGGAGUUCACGGAGGCCUACCUGGAAUGCCCAGCCAUCAUCCCCCGCUGCAUGUGGGGGGCCAGGCCCUACAAGGGGACUCCCACGCAGCUCAAGCUGCCCCUGAGCUUCGUGUACAUCCACCACACCAGCUCACCCAGCCAGCCCUGCCGGACCUUCCCUGAGUGCGCCGCUGACAUGAGGGCCAUGCAGCGCUUCCACCAGGACGACCGUGGCUGGGACGACAUCGGCUACAGCUUCGUGGUCGGAUCAGACGGGUACAUGUACCAGGGCCGGGGUUGGCACUGGGUUGGCGCUCACACCCGUGGCUACAACAGUAAAGGCUACGGCGUGAGUUUCAUCGGGGACUACAUGGAUACGCUGCCGGAAGCAUUUGCCCUCAUGCUGGUGCGUGACAACUUCCUGCCGUGCGCGGUGAAGGGCGCCAAGAUCCAGGCCAACUACACAGUGCAUGGGCACCGGCAGAUGGUGCACACUGCAUGCCCGGGGAACAUACUCUACCGGGAGAUCCAAACAUGGCAGGGCUUCAAGAUGGAGGAGAUGACACCACCACGCGCACCUGAGGCACCAUCCCCGCUGAAGUCCUACAAAUGGCGGAUGGGCCCCCAGGGUGGGGAGAGGGAGCUGGAGCCGGAGCGGCGCUCUAUGCCCCCUGCCAGCAGCCGCUGGGCCAAACUGCAGAACUGGAAGCGCGCUCAUAGCCAGCCUGAGACUGAUGCCCCCGAAGUGCGCAUGGCCAGGAGCAGCCCAGGCACCGAGCCCCCAGAGCCUGUGGGGAGCAAAGCAGCCGCUCGGAGGUCUGUGUUCCAGAGGGCGUUUUCUGCCCCGGGCAAGGUGCCCAAGGAGCCCAAGGGCCAAGAGGGCAUUAAGCUGAACCUGCGAAAAUACCUGCGUUCCAAGUCCCACCGCAGGAGCCAGGAGAGUGGGCCCAAGGCAGAGCAGGCACCUCAGGAGGCAGCCAAAGGCUCAGCAGAGAAGCCAGAGACUGAAGAGGCGAACCCCGCAGGGCUGUGUGGUGGGGCCAGCUCUGUGCAGGCAGGACCCCGUCUCCAGGGCUGGGCUAUGCCAGCCAAUGUCAGCAUGUGA